AUGAAUAUUCAUUAUAUUUUAUAUAUCUACGACGAAAAAGAAAAAAUUAAAAUCUCACUUGAUCAUUUAAUAUGUGAUAAGCGAAUAAAUUCGAUAACGACUAGUUCUAAUGCACUUGCUACAUCAUCACAAUUUGCGAAUCAUCGUCGUGCGAUGGUGCAGGCAUCUUUGUCAACAGUGUUUGGUAGAAAAGGCAGACACUUGAGUGGAACUUUUUGUUUAACUGGUGACACAAUGGAAGGAAUUAUUCAAUGUUUGGUGUUUUUAAAAGCUUUCUCGCUUGUUGGCGGCGAGUUUGAUAUGGAAUUAAAUUUUGUGAUACAAGAUGCACAAAAUAUCAAGCAUAUGCUAGAGCUUUUAGAUCAUUGUCCACCAAAUUUGCAGGCUGAGAUCUGGAGUGUUUUUAUAGCAAUUCUUCGUAAAAGCGUUCGUAAUCUGCAAGCUUGUACCGAAGUCGGUUUGAUUGAACAUGUUCUGCUACGGUUGAAUCGUGCUGAUGUGGUAGUUGCAGACUUAUUAAUCGAAAUGUUAGGCGUUUUAGCUAGUUAUAGUAUAACAGUCAAGGAGCUCAAAUUACUUUUCGGAUCAAUGAAAGCCAACAACAACAAAUGGCCACGACAUUCCGCUAAACUUUUAAAUGUCCUUCGUCAAAUGCCACACCGAAACGGUCCCGAUGUGUUCUUCAGCUUUCCAGGACGCAAAGGAUCGGCAAUCGUGCUACCACCGCUAGCAAAGUGGCCCUUUAAAACAUCAAAAGGUGUUGGUUACACGGCACACUUUGUUGGAAAUUGUCUCGUUUUAACAUCAAUGAAAGUAAAGGGAAAAGGUUUCCAGCAUUGCGUCAAGUACGAGUUUCAACCGAGAAAGUGGUACAUGAUUGCGAUAGUUUACAUUUACAAUCGUUGGACGAAAAGUGAAAUCAAGUGCCUGGUUAAUGGACAAUUAGCUUCUAGUACAGAAAUGGCAUGGUUUGUGUCAACGAAUGAUCCGUUUGAUAAAUGCUACAUUGGAGCAACACCAGAGUUGGAUGAAGAAAGGGUCUUUUGCGGUCAAAUGGCAGCGAUUUACCUUUUCAGUGAAUCACUAACAACACAGCAGAUCUGUGCAAUGCAUCGGUUAGGUCCAGGUUAUAAGUCGCAAUUUCGUUUCGACAACGAAUGUUACUUAAACCUACCGGACAAUCACAAACGGGUGCUGUACGAUGGAAAAUUGUCUAAUGCCAUUGUGUUUAUGUACAAUCCGGUUGCUACUGAUGGUCAAUUGUGUCUACAAUCGGCACCAAAAGGAAACGUCUCUUAUUUCGUCCAUACACCACAUUCACUCAUGCUUCAGGAUGUUAAAGCUGUUGUUACACAUUCAAUUCAUUGCACAUUAAAUUCCAUCGGCGGUAUUCAAGUUUUGUUCCCUCUCUUUUCACAACUCGACAUGGCCUAUGAGGGAAUCGAUGUGAAAAAGGAUCCAACGCUUUGUGCCAAACUUCUAGGAUUCAUUUGCGAAUUGGUUGAAACGUCACAAACAGUGCAACAACAUAUGAUUCAAAAUCGUGGCUUUCUCGUGAUCUCGUUUAUGCUUCAACGUUCAUCACGCGACCAUUUAACGCCGGAAGUGCUGGGCUCAUUUUUGAGUCUCACAAAGUAUCUAGUCACAUGCCUAUCGGCGAACAGCGAUCUCUUGCUUAAACAGCUUUUGGAUCAUGUGCUUUUCAAUCCAGCAUUGUGGAUUUAUACGCCGGCUAAUGUACAAGCGCGCCUUUACUCCUACUUAGCGACUGAAUUUCUAAGUGAUACGCAAAUCUACAGCAAUGUGCGUCGUGUCAGCACCGUUUUGCAGACCGUUCACACGCUCAAGUACUACUAUUGGGUUGUGAAUCCUCGAGCUAAAAGUGGCAUUGCACCGAAAGGAUUGGACGGCCCACGACCAGCUCAAAAGGAUAUUCUAGCAAUACGUGCCUACAUUUUACUAUUUUUAAAACAACUCAUCAUGAUUGGAAAUGGAGUAAAGGACGAUGAGUUGCAAAGUAUUUUAAACUAUUUGACGACUAUUCAUGAAGAUGAAAAUCUACACGAUGUACUUCAGAUGUUAAUCUCUUUGAUGUCAGAACAUCCAAGUUCAAUGGUUCCAGCUUUUGAUGUUAAGCAUGGCAUGCGUUCAAUAUUCAAAUUGCUUGCGGCUGAGACUCAACUGAUACGACUACAAGCACUCAAAUUGAUGGGAUUUUUCUUGUCUCGAAGUACACAUAAGAGAAAAUAUGAUGUGAUGUCACCACAUAACUUAUACACAUUACUAGCAGAACGUCUAUUGUUGUACGAGGAAUCUUUAUCAUUGCCCAUCUAUAAUGUUUUAUAUGAGAUAAUGACGGAGCAUAUAUCACAGCAAAUUCUUUACACACGCCAUCCUGAGCCUGAAAGUCAUUAUCGUCUGGAGAAUCCAAUGAUACUUAAAGUUGUUGCAACACUUAUUCGUCAAUCAAAGCAAACAGAACAAUUGUUGGAAGUGAAGAAGCUUUUCUUAUCCGAUAUGACACUUUUAUGUAACAAUAAUCGUGAAAAUCGUCGAACAGUUCUGCAAAUGUCAGUAUGGCAAGAAUGGCUUAUCGCAAUGGCUUAUAUACAUCCGAAAAAUACGGAAGAGCAGAAAAUAUCCGACAUGGUUUACUCACUUUUUCGUAUGUUAUUGCAUCAUGCUAUCAAACAUGAGUAUGGUGGAUGGAGAGUUUGGGUUGAUACUUUAGCUAUCGUUCAUUCUAAGGUUUCAUAUGAAGAGUUUAAGCUUCAAUUCUCUCAAAUGUACGAACAUUAUGAGAAACAUCGUACGGAUAACAUUACCGAUCCUGAGUUGCGUCAAUCGAGACCAAUCAGCACUAUUUCAGGAUGGGAUCAAGAGCGUGAUGAAAAUGAUAUGCAACAACAACCACAGCAACAGCAAAUACAACAAUCACAACAAGUUCAAACUGUGCCGAUUGAAGAGCUUGAAGAGAAAGAAGAUGAUGAUGAUGCUGAUGCUGACGAUGAUGAGAAUGAUGAUGAAGAUGUUACCUCAUCAUCACCACAACAAAAGCCACAUCAGCAAGUAAGAACUUUGGAAAAUGGCGUUGUGGAACGUGAACAACAACAAAAGACGACAAUCUCAAGUAUCUCAGAUGUCUAUAACAAAGAGAUCUCAGGUGAGAGUAUUCAUGCUGUUAACGAGUCACCGAUUAAAGAAAAAGAAACGAGUAAGCUUAAAGAAAUUCUUGAAGAGCAAUUAUCGAAUCCCGAGCAAGAGUCAAAAGAAAUUGCUGAAGAAAUUGUCGAAGAAAUUAUUCAGAAAUCGGAGAAACUCCUCGACGAAUGCAAGCAAGUUUCUGAUGAUCUUCUUAAUCAACAUGAAACGCCAGUGAUAAAAGAUGAAGAAAUCGAACAGGCCGUCCAUGAAGUCGUUCAAGGUGUACGACAAAUUCAAUUAAAAUCUUCUGCUGAUGUCGAUAAGAAUGAAGAAAAAGAAAAAGAAGAAGUCAGUGACGAGAAGACGCUUCAAAAAGCUGAAAAUGUCGUCGAUGACCCCAAGACUGAUGAUUCACAACUGGAAUGUGCAAUAAUUAGUGAUGAUAUUAAGCAAUCAGUUGAAGAGAAUGCGAAGCAAAUAACAUCAGGCACAAAUGGAAUAGAAAUCAAUGACAACACAUCAACAACAACAAAUGAUGAUGAUAAGAAAGUGAUUGAAAGCGUAGUCAAUGAGAUAAUUGAUAAAUCAGUUGAAUCAAGUGAGAAAGCUGUUGACGACACAUCAGAGAAGCAUCAGCAACAACCACAAUUAAUGCGAGAAACUUCAGCUGAAAUAGAAAUGCAAGUGAAGGAAGUAAUUGACAAUAUUAUUGACGAUGCAGUGAGGGAAGUUGAAGAACAGCAGCAUCAGGAAGUGAAAGACAAAGUGAAGGAAGAUGAUGAUGCGGGAAAUGUUCAAACCACACCAAACGAUGUAAAGGAAGAGAAUGAAAAUGAUGUCACAAAUAGCAACGCUAUGGAGACAUCUGAAACACCGGAACCGGAAGGUGUUGAAACGAAGAUUCAUUUUUCAGCAUCAAAUGAUUCUGCUUUGCCAUCAUCUUUAUCUGAUGACUCUCCAAUAAAUGAAAAUAAGACGAAUAACUCAACACCAUCACCAACGGGAUCCAACAAUGAAGAACAACAAAUUUCUGACGCCAACAUGCAACAUGAUGAAGCCAAUGCUGAUGUUCAUCAACAUAAACGACAAAAGUCAACAUCAAAUCGUCCAAUGUUCAGUCCCGGCCCAACACGUCCACCUUUCCGUAUUCCUGAAUUUAAAUGGUCGUACAUUCAUCAACGUCUGUUGUCAGAUGUUUUAUUUUCACUUGAGACUGACAUUCAAGUCUGGCGUAGUCACUCAACUAAAAGUGUUUUAGAUUUCGUCAAUUCAGCUGAAAAUGCGAUUUUUGUCGUCAACACUGUUCAUUUGAUUUCCCAAUUAGCGGACAAUUUGAUAAUUGCUUGUGGAGGUUUGUUGCCUUUGUUAGCAAGUGCGACAUCGCCAAACUCAGAAUUAGACGUUUUGGAGCCAACCCAAGGGAUGCCACUUGACGUUGCCGUUUCGUUUUUGCAGCGUUUAGUGAAUAUGGCUGACGUGUUGAUUUUUGCAAGCUCAUUGAAUUUCGGUGAAUUAGAAGCUGAGAAGAACAUGUCGAGUGGUGGAAUUUUGCGACAAUGUUUGCGCUUAGUCAGCACAUGUGCUGUUAGAAAUUGCUUAGAGUGCAAAGAGCGGACGCGCGGUAUGUACAAUGGUGGAUCGAUGCGUGAAAUUCCCGGCGGUGCACAUUUACAAGCUUUGAUUCGCGGUGCACAAGCGUCGCCUAAAAAUAUUGUCGAGUCAUUAACCGGUCCAAUGUCGCCAGUUAAAGAUCCCGAGAAGUUGUUACAAGACAUGGAUGUGAAUCGGCUACGAGCAGUGAUUUAUCGUGAUGUGGAGGAGACCAAACAAGCGCAAUUCCUUUCACUUGCCAUCGUUUAUUUUAUUUCUGUUCUUAUGGUUUCAAAAUAUCGUGACAUUCUCGAGCCACCAGCCGAGAUUCAAAUGCAACGUGCGUCGCCUGUUAUGCAGCGUGCAACACCAACGCAAGCAAUGGAGACCUCCCAACGUCCCUUGUUUCCCCAAUGGUCCCAUCACGUUUAUCCGCAAUUCCUACCCGGAUCUCAUCCUAAUCAUCAAGCACCACCCCAAGUCGUGAUUCAACAACAACACCAUCAGCACUAUCACCAACAAAUGCAGCAGCAGCAACAACAGCAACAUCAUUUGUCGAAUGCAAAUAAUAAUUACAUUAACUCGAACGCCAACAUGAUGAAUUCGAACAAUUCUGGAAAUAUUUCUCCUAUCCUGCAUAACAAUCACAUCAUAAAUAACAAUCACCAACAUUUGCAUCAGACGAGUAUGAAUUUUAGCGGUCAAAUGUUGAGUGGUGACGUCCAGAAUUCAAGUUAUUACCAACAGCAACAUCCGUUUAUUCAGCAUCAUCGUAAUGGCGAUGGAAUGAUUAUCAAUGGCUCAAUGAUGAAUUCAUCAACAGCUUCAGGCACGAAUGGACUGUCACACAUUAAAAAUCGCAAUCGACUAAUGAAAAAUAAUGGCAUAAAUAAUAAUUUCUAUCGAAGUUCAGGCACACGAACAAUUCAGGAUGGCGAUUAUGAAGUUAUUGUCGUUGAUGAGAACAAUUCAUCGGUUUUGGCUGAAAACGAAUCACAUUCAUCGGGACCGCCGUCAAUUAAGAGUGUCGACUCUGAUGCCGGUUCAUUGAACAUGAAUUCGACAGAAAAUGAUCCGCAAGAAGGUGAAACAUCAAGUGAAAUUUUGGCAGAUGACAAUAAGCCGAGUAAUUCGAAUGAUGAAAGUUGGACAGAUGUUAAUUUGAACGAUGAUGUCAAUGAGAAAAUUCGUGACAUUGACGAUCGUGGCGAUAAAAUUGUUUCUGAUAUUGCUGUGGUUCGUGUAAGUGAAACAUUUGCACCAUCAACACAAAGACGCCCCGAAGAACUUUCCAUUAAAGCUCCGAUGGUUUCUCAACUUCCACUUACAACGCCAUCGCGUGAAGCGAGUUUAACACAAAAACUUGAAGUUGCACUUGGCCCAGUGUGCCCAUUACUUCGUGAAAUUAUGGUCGAUUUUGCUCCAUUUUUAUCAAAAACUUUAGUGGGUUCGCAUGGUCAAGAAUUGUUGAUGGAAGGCAAAGGAUUAACAACAUUUAAGAAUAGUCACUCGGUUGUUGAAUUAGUGAUGCUAUUGUGCUCGCAAGAAUGGCAAAACAGUCUUCAAAAGCAUGCCGGUCUCGCCUUUAUCGAACUGAUAAACGAAGGUCGUUUAUUAUCUCAUGCAAUGAAAGAUCACAUCGUGCGUGUCGCUAAUGAAGCUGAAUUCAUUUUGAAUCGCAUGCGUGCUGAUGAUGUUCUCAAACAUGCUGACUUUGAGACAAUGUGCGCUCAAACUUUACUUGAAAGACGAGAAGAAGAAAGAAUGUGCGAUCAUUUGAUAACAGCAGCAAGACGUCGUGAUAACGUCAUCGCAAGUCGAUUGCUGGAGAAAGUUAGAAACAUUAUGAGUAACAAGCAUGGAGCUUGGGGUGAAGUGUCAAGUCCAAAGCAAAUAUUCUGGAAGUUGGAUGCGUGGGAAGACGAUGCAAGACGUCGAAAACGUUUAGUGCAAAACCCACGUGGAAGUAGCCAUCCAGAAGCGACAUUACAAGUUGCUAUCGAAUCAGGAGAAGAAAGUGGAAAUGUUAGUCGAGAAGAAAUUUACUCACAAAUUGCUGUUCCCAGAUCACAACAACCAGACCUUCUCGAUGACUCCGAGUUGCUUAUUGAAGAUCGUGAACUUGACUUGGAUCUCACUGGACCUGUCAACAUCAGCACAAAAGCAAAACUAGUAGCACCAGGUCUUGUCGCAUCAGGCACAAUGUCAAUUACAGCAACUGAAAUGUACUUUGAAGUUGAUGAAGAAAGUGAAGAAUUUCAGAAAAUUGAUUCAGAAGUUCUCAAAUAUUGUGAUCAUUUGCAUGGCAAAUGGUAUUUCUCAGAAAUUCGUGCCAUCUUUUCACGUCGAUAUUUGCUUCAAAAUGUCGCUUUGGAAAUCUUCCUCGCUAGUCGAACUUCAAUCUUGUUCGCCUUUCCUGAUCAACAUACAGUGAAGAAAGUCAUUAAAGCACUGCCACGCGUGGGUGUUGGUAUUAAGUAUGGAAUUCCACAAACACGUCGAGCAUCGAUGAUGUCACCACGUCAACUAAUGAGAAACUCAAAUAUGACACAAAAAUGGCAACGACGUGAGAUUUCAAACUUCGAGUAUUUGAUGUUUCUUAAUACGAUUGCGGGUCGAACUUACAAUGACUUGAAUCAAUAUCCGGUGUUCCCUUGGGUGUUGACAAAUUACGAUACACGUGAACUUGAUCUCAGUUUGCCAUCAAAUUAUCGUGACUUGUCGAAGCCCAUUGGUGCUUUAAAUCACAGUCGACGUGAGUAUUUCGAAGAACGUUAUGAAAGUUGGGAUACGCCUGGCAUUCCGCCUUUCCAUUAUGGCACACACUAUUCAACAUCAGCAUUCACACUCAAUUGGUUGAUACGAAUGGAACCUUUCACGACGAUGUUCUUAGCACUGCAAGGCGGAAAAUUCGAUCAUGCUGACCGCUUAUUCUCAUCAGUGUCAAUGUCAUGGAAGAAUUGCCAACGUGACACGUCCGAUGUCAAAGAGCUUAUACCCGAAUGGUACUUCCUUCCUGAAAUGUUUUACAAUCAAUCAGACUAUCGACUUGGCGCACGAGAUGAUGGAAAAAUUGUUUCCGAUGUGGAAUUGCCACCGUGGGCAAAAACGCCGGAAGAAUUUGUUCGAAUUAAUCGAAUGGCACUUGAAUCGGAGUUUGUGUCAUGUCAAUUGCAUCAAUGGAUUGAUUUGAUAUUUGGUUACAAACAGCGUGGUCCCGAAGCAAUGCGAGCUACAAAUGUUUUCUUCUACUUGACAUAUGAAGGUAGCGUUGACUUGGACACAAUCACCGAUCCAGUGAUGCGUGAAGCAAUUGAAAAUCAAAUUAAAAAUUUUGGUCAAACGCCAUCACUUUUGCUUAUGGAACCGCAUCCACCACGAAGUUCUGCAAUGCAUUUGUCACCAAUGAUGUUCAAUACGAUGCCAGACGAUGUUUGCAUGUCAUUAAAGUUUCAUUUAAAUUCACCAAUUAUUCAUAUUUCGGCAAAUACUUAUCCACAACUGCCACUUCCAUCAGUUGUUACAGUUACAGCUGGCCAUCAGUUUGCUGUGAAUCGUUGGAAUUGUAAUUACACAGCGACUGUUCAAAGUCCAAGUUAUGCUGAUAACAGUCAUAAUCAACCACAAAAUUUGCCACUCUCCAUGGAUCCUGUACUUUCACAAGCAACCACACACAACAAUCCAGCUGUGAAACGACAUUUGGGUGAUAAUUUCAGUCAGAAGAUAAAAAUUCGCUCGAAUUGUUACGUCACAACAGUCGAUAGUCGUUUUCUUAUUGCUUGUGGCUUUUGGGAUAACAGUUUUCGUGUUUUCUCAACAGAGACAGCGAAAAUCGUUCAAAUCGUGUUCGGUCACUUUGAUGUUGUGACGUGUUUGUCACGUUCUGAAUGUAACAUCACAUCGGAUUGUUAUAUUGCUUCGGGUUCGGCUGAUUGUACGAUUUUAUUGUGGCAUUGGAAUGCAAGAACUCAAAGCAUUGUUGGAGAAGGUGAAGUUCCAACGCCACGUGCGACACUUACGGGACAUGAACAAGCAGUGACAUCUGUCGUCAUUAGUGCUGAACUAGGACUUGUUGUUUCGGGAUCGAUAAAUGGUCCAGUUCUUGUUCAUACAACGUUUGGUGAUUUACUUCGAUCACUUGAUGCACCUGAUGAUUUUCUGUCACCAGAAAACAUUACAAUGUCUCGUGAAGGUUUCAUAGUCGUUAAUUAUGAUGAAGGAAAUGUUGCAGCAUUCACAAUCAACGGUCGUUUAUUACGUCAUGAGUCACAUAAUGACAAUCUUCAGUGCAUGUUGUUGUCACGUGAUGGAGAAUAUCUGAUGACAGCUGGCGAUAAGGGCAUCGUUGAAGUCUGGCGUACAUUCAACCUAGCGCCACUUUAUGCAUUCCCAGUUUGCAACAGUGGAAUUCGUUCACUGUCUUUGACACACGAUCAAAAGUAUGUUUUUUUCUUUCCUUCUCUUCCACUCAUUCUUGAGUUGACGAUUCCAUUAAAAUGUUUACUCGACAAUUUCAUAGAUAUUUACUCGCUGGCUUGGCAACAGGAUCCAUCAUCGUAUUCCACAUUGACUUCAAUCGAUGGCAUCACGAAUAUCAACAACGUUAUUGAACAUCCGCAAGCAACAAAGUUUAAUCGAAAAAAAAGAUAG